AUGCCAUCGACUGUCUCAGGUCAUCACGAGCGCGGCCAAAAGCUUUAUCAAAAAAAGGAUUUCAAAGCCGCCAUUGAAGCCUUCGGCGAGGCGUUGACCCAUAAAUCUUCAGAUGCCAUUGGUGUUCUUGAUAAUCGUGCAGCAACAUACUGCAAACUUGAGCAAUAUGAGCAGGCACGUCGCGAUGCGAGGCAUAUGAUUAAAAAGGCCAGUCAAGAUGAGCGCGGAUAUCUUCGAUGUGCCAAGGUCUUGCUCCUUGAAGGAAAACCAGAAAAGGCAUUAGAAAUAUACGCAUAUGGCCUGAAGACCCUUGGCAGUAAACAUCCGCGUCGCGAGGUGCUGGAGCAAUUGUAUAAAAAGCUUGAAAGUCGCAUGCUUCCCAACAGAAGAGACCCCUUUACUGUAUUGCCUCUUGAGAUGGCAAUGUUAGUGAUUGGCCAAUUCUCUUUCAAACAGAUUGUGGGCAUCCUGCGUGUAUGCAAAGGAUGGCAACGAUUCUUGGGCUCCAUAUCGCAACUGUGGAUGAAGAUCGACUUUACUGGCGCUCGAGGGACAGUUCCAUUCAAUGCCAUCAGUUCAUGUAUCCGACGAUCAAGAGGUCUACUCACCCAUGCUACCAUUAAAAGUCUUCCUCUUCCGCAGACAUCAAGGAGCUUGGAAUUCCUGAGCAGGUGCCCCCAUAUUGAGCAUCUUGAUAUAUCAGCAAAUUACGGAUGCAAAGAGUUUUUUGAGAAAUUCAAACGCCACAAGAAGCUUCAGAACCUGACCUUUUCAUCGGAAAUACCUGUGACAAAGGCUGAUUUUCUACGCUUUUUACAUGACUAUCCAAAGCUAGACCGCAUCGCAUUAUGGAAUAUUCGAGAGGGCCAACAAUCUUCAGCAAACUUAUGGCCCGAUUCUCUUCCAAUUUUAAGAAGCGUCACCUUAGCUUCGCAAUCUUCAAAUACCUCAUCCAUUAUACAGCACGGGCUGUGGGUGCCGAAUUUAAUAUCUGACAAACAACCCCAUCCUCUUCCUCGCCUCCAAGAAUUGAGACUUGAUUGGGACCCUCCAACACUUUUACCAGUGUCAUAUCCUAUAUGCUUCGACCGGCCCGACCGUCAAGAUGCUUCGAUAGAUGAUGAUCCGGCGAUGAAACCUCCGCCAUUGCUUCGGCAAAUUGAUUUCCGUGGAAUAUUACCUUCGCCGAAUCUUUUUACUGGCCUGCCAAAGGGUCUGGAAUUUCUACGUUUUUCGGGUGGAAUGGCUCGACCACUUCAAUUAACGCCCCCAACAGAGACAUUGCCACGUUUACAUACAAUUAUCUUUGUAGAUGCGGGGUGGGUUACAUUUGAUAUUCUCCAGCAAUUCCUUUUCGAUGCCCAGCCUCCCAUUCGCAAACUUUACUUGGACCAGUGUUUCAACGUCUCUUGGCACGAAUUCCUCCUCAUAAUGGAACACAAAGGCCGCAAUCCUGAAUUGGAAAAGUUGGAGGAACUAGGUGUCUCUCACUGGCGAGACGUGGAUGACAUGUACGCGAGUGCCCUUCGCAAAAGCUUCACUAGCUUGAGGGUUCUUGAUCUAUCAUAUACAAGUAUUACAGGAUGCACAAUCCGAGAAUUUACCGAUUCCCGCACCUCAGAAUCAGAUAAGGGGGCCAAGCUUGAUCGGAUCAUCGUACGAGGAUGUGAGAGUAUCUCCUUGGAUGCUGUUGCAUACGGGCGGCAGAACGGGCUUGAGGUCAUUACCUGA